AGUUCUCAUUGCAGCAGUUGCCUCUAUCACCAACUCACUGUAUUACGGACUUGCAUCAGGACUUGUUGGUCUAGGACUGACCUAUGCCCUCGUGAUUUCAAACUACUUAAACUGGAUGGUAUGCAAUCUAGCAGACAUGGAAGUACAACUGGGUGCUGUGCAAAGAAUAAACAGCCUCCUUAAAAUUGAAACAGAAAAUUAUGACGGACUUAUCUGUGAGGAUUUCCAGACAGCACAUGUAGUAAAAAUGCCAAUGACCAAGUAGCUAAAUUUAACAAAUAAAUCUUUUAACUAUUGUUUCUUCUCAUCCUGAGUAACAUGGUACAGCACCUUCCCAGAUUCCUCCCCACUGUCCAGAUGAAGGAGAAAUCAAAAUCCAGAAUCUCAGUGUUCGGUAUCACAGCACUCUAAAACCAGUCUUAAAGAAUGUGAAUGCCCACAUCAGUCCAGGACAGAAGUGAUAACAUGUUUUGGAAUUUCACUGUCCCCACCUCCUCCCUGAAUUCUUCAAUAAUUGUGUCCUCCUUGGUGAAUACAGAUGAAAAGUAUUCAGAUUAAACUCGGCCACUAGUAAGCGUUCAACGGAGAAAGCAAAGAGCAUGGACCACAACGCCAAAAUAAUACUGCCUCUCAACCCUGGGGAGCAUAGAGUACCAACGGCUGUCGUAAACCCUAUCCUUCGAAUUGAAGGAAAUUCUGAUACAGAGAAUGCAGUGACAAGUGCUGGAAGUGACACCCCCAUUGUCUCCCUUUCAUUUACAUCCUGGGCAGAGACUACAGACAAUGCCUUCUCCCCUCUUGGUCAUGCUGCCCAAUCUCCAGGCCUAACAGAAUCUGAGGACGUCUCAAACUCUGCUGGGGGCACCACAACUCCCAGAUUGGGCAAUCGUGAGGAAUUUGUGAUACACCGAAGGCCAAGGCUGACAAGACCCAAGACACCCAUGGUUCUCAAGAGAUGCAGCAUGAACCAAAGGCCAAUGAGUUCAGAAGAACAAGAACUGUUACUGAUUUCUCAGUUGCAAAGAGCAAUGGUGAAGCGCAGAAAGUUCAAUGAGGCAAUGAUGCACCUUUCAAUUUUUGCCAGAGGUUGCAGCAUAACAAGGUCUUUGGUUCCAGCUACUGAUACUCGACCUAAAACCAUCUCGCGCAGAGUGCAAGCAGAAUACAAAGAGUAUAACUUUGUCAAUGAGCUCCGCAAAUAUCCACCAUCAACACCAAUAAAUCGAGUGUGCACAGUACCAAAACCAUUCUCCCUGUCUACAAGUGCAAAAAGGAACCAUGAAAAGGUGCCUGUCAAACAAUACAUCUCAGUGGCAGAGUACAUUAACAUAUUUCAACAUUAUACACAACCAGGAAGUCACAGGCGGCCCAGAUGCCAGGAAAUAGCAACUACUGCACUUAACUCUCAACAGGCUCCAGUGCCAUCUGACUUCUGAUCUAAUUGGUGCUUUGCAUGGGCCUUGUCUGUUUUUUAAAAAUUCAGUUGAAUACAUUUGAUCAAAAAACCAAUAUUGCCUGCCUGAGUGCAUCUUGAUGCAUCCAGUGCUCUUUGCAUCUACUUGAAACAGCCUACAAUGGGGCUGAGCAUUGAGAUGAAAUAGUUUUCCUUUCCUGAGCUUGCAGGGCUAAGGCUAUGGCAUCUAGGAAUAGUGAAACUACAUGACAGAAUUUUGAGAUAUCAACAUACAGAUGGUAUCUGUCCCCCAAGGCUUGUGAAGGGAAUGAGUCUUCUCAAACAAGAGAACCAAGAUUGAACUGUACCUUAACCAUUCAGUUGAUUUGUGUAAUUUUAAAUGUCUAGAUUUGAAUGAAAUUACAUUAUUUUGGUUAACCAAUUCAGACUUUUUACUGAGGCAGUUGUAGUGCAUUGUGCUUAUUUUCCCCAAUUGGUCAAUCUACACUGCUUGGUUUGAAUUGUGAAAGCAAUACAGAAAUUCCUUUGUGCAACAAGAUGUAUCCUCAUGAUUUAAAUAGUAAUUCUCCACCUGCACUUUUGAAAGCAAAUGUGAGUGAAUGUUGUAAUGAAUUUUAAAACAAUAUUUGA